AUGAGGCCAUAUGAUCAAACUUGUAGUGCAAGCAAUGAUUUGCAGCCACCGUCGACACCACCCCAACACUACCUUGUCAAUGCACACCACCAGUGCUUAGCCACUCUCGAGGGGCAGAACUCCUACACUACAUCUCUCGUUCUUUUGGGAAAAUUUCUAUUGAGUGGCUCUUCCAAUAAGGAAAUCCGGUUAUGGAAAUGCAACACGUUGAGGCCCAUGAACGACUACGGAAGUUUCACUAAUAAAAAUAUGGUUGUGGCAGGAAAGGGUGCAGUGAAGGCUCUUGUGGUUUUAGCCGAUAAAAUCAUUAGUGCUCAUCAAGAUCACAAAAUUCGAGUAUGGAAAAUCGAUAACCUGGAUAACGAUGAGCAGAAGUUUACACAGUUGGCCACGCUUCCAAUGUUCAGUGACCGAGCUCUCAAACUGUUGGUACCAAAGAACCAUGUUCAAGUUCGACGCCACAAGAAAUGCACGUGGGUUCAUCAUGUUGACACAGUAUCAGCACUGGCCUUGUCAAAUGAUGAAUCCUUACUCUAUUCGGUUUCUUGGGACCGGACUCUCAAGAUAUGGAGGACAACCGAUUUCAAAUGCUUGGAAUCAGUUGCCAAUGCACAUGAUGAUGCAAUAAAUGCCAUCGCGUUAGCCAGCGAUGGACAUGUUUACACAGGAUCAUCUGACAAGAAAAUUAAAGUAUGGAAGCAAAGCUCUGAAAAAAAGAAGCAUGUCUUAGUUGCUACCCUGGAGAAGCACAAUUCUGGGGUUAAUGCAGUGGCACUAAGCAGAGACGGCUUGACGAUGUAUUCCGGAGCACGUGAUCGGUCUAUAGUGGUUUGGAUGAAGGUGGAUUGCGGCAGUGGCAGAGGCAUGGUGGCAGUGGGGAUGCUCCAGGGACACACCGAAUCCGUAUUGUGUUUGGCCACUAUAUCAGAACUGGUGUGCAGUGGUUCAGCAGAUAAAACUGUGAGAAUUUGGAGAGGGAUUGGGAAAUCCUACUCUUGCUUGGCCAUUUUGGAAGGACAUAGAGGACCGGUGAAGUGCAUCACUGUAGCAUUAGAUUAUUCCAAUCCAUCAGAUACAAAACCAAACUAUCUCCUAUACAGUGCUGGCCUGGACUGUGACAUUAAAGUUUGGCAGAUUAAUCUUCUACCCCUCUUCUAA